AUGGUGGUGGGUCUUCCGGACUCUGACGGAAGGCUUAAGAAAGAGCGCUCUGCGGGGAGUAAUCUUCGCACUAUGAGUCCGCCCAUACAAAGGGCGGCCGAUGGCAAGCCACAACGCCGUCGAGGGAAGAAGCACCUAGCCCUUCCCGCCCCCGGGCCCCAACAGGGCGAGCCAGCCCGUCUUGUCCCUGUUGGGGAGGUUCAAAGGGAUUCGCCACCCCUGAAGGACCCCGAGGCCCUCUCACUGACGGUGUACGUUGGCGCCCCUGCAUCUCGCAGAAAGGGCAAGCGCUCUGCCAAAGCGCUUGACCUUGAGGAGACACCAACAAAGAAGCAACGUCCUGAAGAGGGCCCCGGCCAGACGUCUGCUGUUCCGCAGCAACCCUUGGACUUGCCCACUGGCUACGUGCCAAAUGUGGUCAUAGUCCAUCCACCCGGGCACGACAACCAGCAACAGUUGGAAGUGCGAGGUCGGAAACAAAAGAAAAGGAAGGCCGCCGCUGAGGCGAAGACACUCACCGAAACAGACUACCCGCCCCCUCCAAAGAUCGUUUUCUUCGAACCUGUGUUGAACACGGUCGAACCGUCUUCGGAGCCGGAGAAGGCAAUUCAGAACCCCUUCGACGGAUCAGGGACACACCUUGGAAAACCCGCCCCGGAAUUUCCGGGAUUCAAAGCGGGCGAACAAGGUGUCCCAACGGUGAGCGGUGACAGCCUCAACACCAGCAACCUCUCGUCAGUGGUUGCGAAAUGUAAAGGUUGUCACCACGUCUUUUGGGGACAGAAGAUCCGCAAAAUUCGUAAGCGGCAUCGAUGCCCCCCAGCCCGGCCCGACUCAGCCAAGCCGAGGGAAGCACUACGGACCAGUCCAGAACCCAAGGCGCAGGGCUCGUUGCCUGUGCUCGAGGGAGAUCAGACCGCUCCGGAAGCGGCUCCCCAGGCGAAAGCUGGGCCUGAAGAGGUCCUCGGGGAUGACUCCCAGCAACACCCACUCAGUGGGGCCGCUGGACAAAGAGGCACCCCCGUCCCUCACUCCGACAACCCGGCACAUCCAGCUGAAGCUGGGCCCGACGUGGACAUGAGGACCCUGCCUGUCGAUGAUCGGAAUAGCAGCCAGUCACACCGCGAGCCACUCCCGGAUACCCAAGGCCGGGAUUCCUUUGACCGCCUCAUUGACAUGAUGAUCGCCCUCUCAGAGAAGGUUCAGACAAUGUCUAACCAACUCGAGGAGGUGCGUCGUUCUGUUUCUGCUGGCGAGAGGGAGGUCGCUAAGCCAGCCACGGAGAAUCUGGGAGCCAUUCCCGACAUUCCCACGGCUAGCGAGGCAGCCUCGGCCGCGCAAAGUCCAUCCCUCCCUCCCACAAAAGGGGUGGACUCGGGUCACAAGACCAAGGGCAAAAAGCCGAAGCAGAAGAAGAAGAAGAAGAAGCCUAAGCCUCGGGCCUCUCCCUCACCUUCGACUGCUACGGCCCCUGCAGCACCUGCAGUGCCGACCUCGACUCCAAAGCCGUCGGGCGAAGCAUCCCCCCCUGCAGUGGCGCUGGUUCCAAAGUCACCGGGCCCCCGCCCCAAGGGGAGGGCAGCGUGGGGCGAGCUUGGACCUCGCGACAAGUCCCAAGCAGUGACGCGGAAGGCGGGCGCGGCCAAGCCACCAACCUUUGCUGCUUCGAGCUCGGAGGAUGCCUCUGCGCCAACCAAAGCGUCAAAGGACCCAUCAGCCGCACCUGCAAAAUCCGACUCCAGCGCUAUCAGUCAUGGGGGCCAAGCAAAACUCCCAAAGGGCCACCGGUGCACUUUCUGCAGCCGCUUGUUCCGCAGCCGCAAGGAGGUUGAGGACCACGCCAAGCGGAAAAAUGGGUGCGCAAACCGGGACGCGCAGCGGGAGGACCAGCUCCGAGACAGGAAAGCGGACGGUCUCUUCAACACCGGAGGGCUGCGCAGCGCUGCGCUCUCGAACGACUCCCCUCACUGGAAGCAGGUGCGGGAGCUGCUGACCUUAUGGAGGCGCGGGGACUGGACCAAGUUACACCUGCGCGCCCUGGCGGCUAUCAACAAAAUGAAUAGCAGGGUUCGAGAGAACAAGGCCCGAGUGGACGACCGGUACGGCAGUGCGGAUACACUGGCGCGAACACGUCGCUGCAUCAAGUUCGGGGAGCUGGCUGAACUCUCACGAGCAGCAGAGGCGCUGAUUGCGGCAGACCUUGCCCCAACCACGGACGAGACUCGUAAGAGUCUGGAGGAGAAGCACCCCCGCCCCACGGUCCCCUUCACAGCAGAGGACGGCAGCUGCACCCUUCCUCACCCGGAGAAACCCACGAAGUGGGUCCUGAAGCAGGAAGUUCUCGCGCGGGCCCUUCGCGAGAGCCCUCGUGGCUCUGCAGGCGGUCCCACCGGCUGGCGCAUGGACUUCUUACGCGAACUCUUCACGCACCCCGGAGACCUCAAACUCCUGGGGGCAUGGCUUCAGGCAGCAGCAAGAGGGGAUGUGGGGCAGGGGGUGGCGCAGUGGUGGACCUCGAGUUCGCUAGUGGCUUUGGAGAAACCAGGUGGCGGUGUCCGCCCGAUCGCAGUGGGGGAAGUCUUCCCUCGCCUCCUGGCCCGGUGUCUCGCGGUCGACUACCAUGACGCCAUCAUCCGACACCUGAAGCCGAAAGGGCAGUUUGGGGCUGGUGCGCGGAACGGAGCGGAGACGGUUAUCCACGGGGUGCGCGCUGCUUGCAUUGAAGGUCUAACCCUUCGGGGUCCAAUCAGCCGCGAGGACAGCUGA